AUGGAUACACAAAAUAUUGUUGGAAGUACAAUUGCUGCAAGUGGAGAUAAUAAUAAUAAUAAUAAUAAUAAUUUUCCACAACAACGUAUAAAUGGAAAUACAACUACAUCAUCUUAUGAAGGAAAUUAUCAAAUUGACAUAUCAUCAACUAAUUUUGAACUUGAAACAAUAACAUCAUCAUAUACUGGUCUUGUGCGUAUUUAUCGUUUAUUAUAUGUAGCUGAUCAUUGUCCAACAUUACGUAAUGAUGCUCUUUUGACCAGUUUUAAAUAUAUACAGGAAACACAUUUUAUUUCUCUUUAUAAACAAAUACUUGAUGAAAUUAAGAAACAAAAUAUACCAUUACCAAAUGAUUUUGAUGCCACAUGGUAUGAACGAACACAACGUAGUUAUGCUCAUAAACUUGAAAAACUUGAUACUGAUUUGCGAAAUUUUCGUACAAAUUCAAUCAAAGAUUCAAUACGUCGUGGUCAUGAUGAUCUUGGUGAUCAUUAUUUAGAUGCUGGAGAUUUUUUUAAUGCUGUUCGUUGUUAUGUACGUUCACGAGAUUAUUGUGUUACACCAAGACAUAUGAUAACAAUGUGUAUGAAUGUUAUAAAAGCAUCAUUUUAUAUGCAAAAUUGGUCGAAUGUUUUAUCAUAUGUUAGUAAAGCUGAACAAGCUAUUGAAAGUCUUGAAUCUACAUCAAAAUCAUCAACAGCACCAUCGAUGUUGUCAUCAAUGGUUAAUCCAAUGGAAGUAUCAAGUGCCUCAACUACUAAUGCAACAAUUGCAUCUGAUGUAAUAUUAACAUCACGUUUAAAAGUUUAUGCUGGUAUUGCAGAAUUAGCAACAAAACGAUAUAAAUUAGCGGCACGUCAUUUUCUCGCUGUUUCAUUUGAUUAUUGUUCAAAUCAUUUUCAAGAUCUUAUCUCACCUCAAACAUUAAUUCAAUAUGUUUGUCUAUGUAGUUUAGCAACAUUUGAACGAUCAGAAAUACAUCGAUUAGUAAUCAUGUCAACAAAUAUGAAACAAUAUCUAGAAUUAGAACCAUCUAUUCGUGAUAUUCUUCAUCAAUUUUAUGAAACAUCAUAUUCAUCUUGUCUUGCUGUAAUGUCUCAACUUGAACCUAUAUUGGCAUUAGAUCAAUAUUUAUCACCUCAUUUACGUACAUUAUAUUAUGAAAUUCGUCAUCGAAUAAUAAUAACAUAUUUUUUACCAUAUAAAAAUGCUAGUAUGACAAUCAUGGCACGUCAACUCAAUACAACAAUUGAUGUACUUGAAGAUGAACUUGUUCAUUUAAUUCGUUCGGGAAAAAUAAAAGCACGAAUUGAUUCAAAAAAUAAAAUUUUAUAUGUUGCUGAUACCGAUCAACGUUGGCAUGCAUAUCAACAUGCACUAACAAUAACAAAACAAUCUGAAAAACAUACUCGAGCACUUUUACUUCGUUCAGCAAUAAUUAAAUCAAAUUUACUGGUUAAAGAUGAGUCAGUAUUAUCUUCAAUUCGUUCACCAAGUAAUAAUAAUAAUAAUGUUGCUCGUCGACAAUUUGUACCGAAUGUUGCUGGUAGUAUGAUGAUGGAUGAAGAUGAUUUAUCGGAUGAAGAAGCUAUGUAA